AUGCCGCCCCCGGACCUCGCCAUCUCCUCCUCCGCCCCCCUCGCCAACCAGGUCGCAGGCCACGACGGCGUCAUGUCAGACGCCUCCGGGAGCCUCGUCAUCAAGCCCGCCUUGCCGCGGGAAAUCGCAUUCUACCAGAUGCUCACUGCUGCCGGCCGGGAAGACCCUAUCUACGCCCUCAAAGGGUUUGUGCCGCAGAGCUAUGGGACGUUGAGGUUGGAAGGGCAGCUGCAGCCUUCCGGGGACGUGGAUACGAGCGUCAAGGAUGAUGUUCCCGAGAGCGUGGUGCUGGAGAACCUGUCAUAUGCAUACACCCGCCCAAAUAUUAUGGACGCCAAACUCGGCACCGUCCUCUUUGGCCCAGACGCCAAUGACGAGAAACGCAAGCGUAUGGACAAACAAGCGCACGAGACUACGACACACGAAACUGGCCUCCGUCUCACUGGCUGUCAGACAUGGCACGCCCCAACGGGAUCAUACAUCUCCACCCCCAAAUCGUUCGGCAAGACUAUCACCGCCUCCCAGCUUCCUGAGGGUAUGGUCCGGUUCUUCCCUCUACCUAGCGACGAGAUCCCUUCCCUCGCCAUACCUCCUUCCCCGCCCCCGACGGCAACGAGCACGAGCGCCGGCGAAGCUACCUCUUCUUCCGAAGCCGCCGCCCACUUACUCCCCCCCGAGCCCUCUACUUCUUCCACCCAAACCGCCGACCUACCCCCUACCCCAGUGACCGCCAAGCCCCCCUCCUCUACCCCAUCCCCACCAUCCUACGCCUCCCACGCCAUCCCCCCGAGACUGCUGUUCCGCAUCCUCACCCUCCUUCUCGCCGAGCUCGACCGCCUCGCCCAAGUGCUCGGGGGGCUCGAAAUGCGUUUCGUAGGGAGCUCGGUGUUGAUCGUGUAUGAAGCCGAUGGGGCACGGUUGGAGGCGGCGUUGGAUAGGGCGGAGGAGAGGAGGGCUGUCAGGGCUUUGAGGGCGGCUUCUGGGGAGGGGGAGGGGGAGGGGGAGAUGGACCCCAUGAGCCGGCGUUCUGCAUUCUCCGACGACGGCUCGUCUUGCUCGGCGUCUUUCUCUGAAGAAGAGGAGGACGACGAGUCAGUCGAGGAAGACCUCGACCUGGACGGUGUACGAGAAGACGAGAGAAGGGCGAGAAAGUGCCCGCCGUUGACGGUCAAGAUGAUUGAUUUUGCGCAUACCUGGCUUGCGGAGGGGGAAGGGCCUGAUGAGGGGGUGUUGAAGGGGUUGAAGACUUUGAGGGGGUUGGUGGAGGGGAGGAGGGAGGAGGUUGAGAAGGCGUUGUAG